AUGAGCCAGCGUCCGGUAACCAGGUUGGUGAUACCAACACAAUCGUCGUCGCCUAACAGCCAGCCGACCACUCCAAAUGGCCGCCCUUCGGCAUGGUCCUGGUCUGCUCAGCGUAAAAUGGCCAGGCUCUACCUGUAUACCACGCUCCCGGCCGAGAAGAUUCGGGCCAUUAUCAAUGCCCAUUCUCCCGACAAGACCAUAAAGCAAAGUUCUGCGAACAAAAAACUCCAGUCCUUCUUUGACAAGGAGCCGCGAUGGCUCCAUCCUCACGACAAUGAAGAUAUGGGGCGGCGAAUCACCGAGCUGGCCAAUUCGCCAACCCAGAUUCAAAAAGCAUCGGAAAUGUACUUCUCCUCUGUUCAUCUGGGCCCUCAAGACCAUCCCUCAUUGUAUGGAAAGAGCGACUUUCUUGGGGUCGGCGCAUCGCCAAGCGCUUGCUCAGAUUCCAUCUACAGCAGCAGCGACGCUUUCUCAGAAUCGCAAAUGUCACUGCCUUGUGCCAUGCCUGACGUUCCAGGGGAAAGCCCGGGAGAAAGUAGCAGAGGCCAAGUCCAUUCCGUGGACGAUAGCCAGGAUUCCAGCCCAUUUAUCCCGUUCCUGGAGCGAACCACGUUCAUGACCGAGUCGAGCGCAAGGACUACGGGGACUUUUAGAGACCAUCUUCAGGAAUAUACGGAACCCUAUAUCAAGGUGGUCAAGCGUCUUGUCAAGAGGUUCACGUCGCCGGCACUCGAUCAGCCAAGCCCCUCUCCGCAGCAGGACAUGCGCGUAGAUCCCAGUCGUGAUUGGAUUGGUGAGUCGACUAGAAAAAUACCUGACGCUCCCAAGGAUUUCUUGGUUUUACCUGGAUACUUUAUCAGUCAUGAAAGCUUUGCUUCGGUAAAUGCCUCGGAAAUAUUAACGGCCUGGAGAUACUGGUGGGGCUGCCACCCAACCCCAGAUAAGUUCUUCUGGUUGACGCCCGAUGGAUUGACAGCUCUUGCCAACGACGUUUUGUCUUUGAGAUCCAUCCAGUUCGAUGAUAUGCCGUGUGAUUGCUUUGCAAACACGGCACUGCAUUUCCUGGGGAUUUGGGGUAAUCCCGAGGUAUUAUGUCGAGCUCUUCAGAUGGGCACAUGUACCCUCACAAUCAACAUGCAAAACACUGCCGGACAGACAUUUAUGCACCUUCUCAAUCCUUCAAAUGGAUGGAAUCAACAAUUAGUUCUGGAGUUAGUCAGAAUUGCGCAGGCAAAAGGAUUCGACUUGUUCGCGCGAGACUGCCUUGGCCAAUCUAGUCUCCAUGUGCUCAAAAGGCUAAACCUGUUCCCAUAUGAAUGGAAUGAUAUUGGCCUUUACGAUUUUUUGGUACGAGAUGGAUUUGGGUGUAUUCCGGUUAAUCACAAAGUGAGCCGCGAGGUGAAUUCAAAUCACAAGAAUCUGUUCAAUUACGAAAAAGUUCGAGGAGAGAACGAGAGCGUCCUGAUACCCGACCCUGCUCUUGACCUUGUAGAGAGUAACUAUCCUGAAAUAUCGCAAGAGAGUCAGCUUUUGCAAAACAUCAGAAUGUCCUUUACAAGUCCGCAUUGGGAAGACGAAUAUGGACACAACGGCCUCCACUGCCUUGCUAUGGCAACGCUGAGUUUGGACAGCCUAGCAGAAAAGCACGACAUGAAAGGGGAGGCGGAACAAUUUUUUAGUCCGGGAAGUUCCCACCACUUGAGCGACUCGUCCACAGAAAGACUGCAACUUCGUCUCUCGAUACUGGAAAGCUUGCUCGAUGCUGGACAAGACCCCAACCACAGAGACAAGUUUGGCCAAACCCCUCUGAUGGCUUUCGUUGCGGCGCUUCCGGAGGAUGGCGGCUAUAAGAUUGGACCCGCCAUCUUAAAAUUACUCAUUUCGAAAGGCGCCGAUAUCAAGGCGCGAAAUAGGGCUGGAGAAACUGCCUUACAUAUUGCCGUGCGUUUCCACCGAAAGCUCGCUAUCAGAGUCUUGACUGAGGCAGGAGCCAAUGUCCAUGUCACGGAUGCCUACGGCCGAAGUUUGCUUGGUGUAUGCGAUAUUCAGCUGGCAAAGUACAGCCAUCCGGCAGAGUAUGGCAAAUACUUGGCUUGUCGAGCUUUCUUGAGUGGGCAAGCUGGCGCGGUGCAGAGUCCAUUUUGUUUGCAGCAGUGGAUGGGGUGA